CUGGCCAGCCCCCCGAAGGUGCUCCCCGCCGCCGCCGCCAUGCACCGGGCACUCCGCGCCUGCCGCCGCCUGGGCUGCUCCGCCCGCCUGCCGGCCCCGCCGCCCUCCCCGCUGCCCGCCCCGCGCGGGCGCUGGGGCCCGCCGAGCGCCGCCAUGUCCAGUCAAGAGGCUUUUAGGAUAGAAUAUGAUACCUUUGGUGAACUGAAGGUCCCAAGUGACAGAUACUAUGGUGCCCAGACUGUAAGAUCUACAAUGAACUUCAAAAUUGGAGGUGUUUCAGAAAGAAUGCCAGUUCAAGUUAUAAGGGCUUUUGGCAUCUUGAAGAGAGCAGCUGCUGAAGUAAAUCAAGAUUAUGGUCUUGACCCAAAGAUUGCUAAUGCCAUUGUAAAGGCAGCAAAUGAGGUAGCUGAAGGAAAAUUAAAUGAUCACUUUCCACUGGUGGUGUGGCAGACUGGGUCUGGAACUCAAACCAAUAUGAAUGUCAAUGAAGUCAUCAGCAAUAGAGCCAUUGAAAUAAUGGGGGGCAAACUGGGGAGCAAAACCCCAGUACAUCCGAAUGAUCAUGUUAACAAAAGCCAGAGUUCAAAUGACACUUUCCCAACAGCAAUGCAUAUUGCUGCUGCCCAGGAGGUUAACGAGGUGUUGUUACCUGGACUUAAGAAGCUACAGAAUGCACUUGAAGCAAAAUCCAAAGAGUUUUCCCAGAUCAUAAAAAUAGGGCGCACUCAUACUCAAGAUGCUGUUCCACUUACGCUUGGACAGGAAUUUAGUGGCUAUGUGCAACAAAUUAAAUACGGUGUGGCUAGGAUUGAGUCAACCAUGCCAAGAGUGUAUCAGCUGGCAGCUGGCGGGACUGCAGUAGGUACAGGAUUAAACACAAGAAUUGGUUUUGCUGAGAAAGUUGCUGCUAAAGUGGCUGAACUGACAGGUUUGCCUUUUGUCACUGCUCCAAAUAAGUUUGAAGCUCUUGCAGCUCAUGAUGCUCUAGUUGAACUCAGUGGAGCAAUGAACACAGUGGCCUGUAGUCUGAUGAAAAUAGCUAAUGAUAUUCGCUUCCUGGGUUCUGGACCACGCUCUGGACUAGGAGAACUCAUCCUGCCUGAAAAUGAACCAGGAAGCAGCAUCAUGCCAGGAAAAGUGAACCCUACCCAGUGUGAAGCUGUAACCAUGGUGGCAGCCCAAGUUAUGGGAAACCAUGUUGCUGUUACUGUAGGAGGUAGUAAUGGACACUUUGAACUGAAUGUUUUUAAGCCCAUGAUGAUUAAAAAUGUUUUAAACUCUGCAAGACUGCUUGGAGAUGUUUGUGUUUCUUUCACUGACAAUUGUGUGGUUGGAAUCCAAGCCAACACAGAUAGGAUCAACAAACUAAUGAGUGAAUCUCUGAUGUUGGUGACAGCACUUAACCCACAUAUAGGCUACGACAAAGCGGCCAAGAUCGCUAAAACGGCGCACAAGGAAGGGACGACGCUGAAGGAGGCCGCCGUGAAGCUGGGCUUCCUCACCGCCGACCAGUUUGACCAGUGGGUGAAGCCCAAGGACAUGCUGGGUCCUCAGUAACGCCUGCACCCGGAAACGCGUGUCUCACACCAAAAUAAAGAACGCAGAACGCU